GUUGCUGAUAUAUCUAAAGGAUCAACUGUGGCGAUUUUUGGACUUGGAACAGUAGGCCUUUCUGUUGCACAAGGAGCCAAACUUCGGGGGGCAUCUCGGAUUAUCGGUGUGGACACUAAUCCUGAGAAGGGUGAAAAAGCAAAAGCUUUCGGAGUAACAGAGUUUCUCAACCCAAAUGACUCUGAUGAACCUUUGCAACAGAUUAUUAAGCGUAUCACUGAUGGAGGGGCAGAUUACUCAUUUGAAUGUAUAGGUGAUACCGGAAUGAUGACUACUGCAUUGCAGUCAUGUUGCGAUGGAUGGGGUUUGACUGUUACUCUUGGUGUACCUAAAGAGAAGCCAGAGAUGAAAGCUCAUUAUGGACUAUUUAUUACUGGAAGAACAUUGAAAGGAUCUCUAUUUGGUGGAUGGAGACCUAAGUCUGAUCUUCCUUCAUUAGUGGACAUGUACACAAAGAAGGAAAUUGAGAUUGAUGAAUUCAUUACUCACAAUAUGCCAUUUGAAGAUAUCAACAAAGCUUUUGAUCUAAUGAAAGAAGGAAGGUGCCUGCGUUGUGUUAUCCACAUGCCAAAGUAGCUUUGGUUGUAUUGGAUUUGAUAUGCAGAAAUAUUGGUGUGGUGCAUGUGAGCAUCUGAUCGUGCUUCUCUGAUUGUUUUGAUGUAAUCAUGUAAAAGUGGUACUUGUGAAGGAGGAUUAGAAGUUAAUACACAACUAUAUUCUUGUGUUAGAACUAGGUAGUCAGGUAAAUUUAAAAUUAUACUCGAUCUAUUUUCUUUUCUUU